UCCAAAUUUAACCUGUGCAAUUCGGAUAUAUAGAUUGUGGGCGAAUAUCAUUUAUUAAUGAUCAGUUAUGGUGUAUUUAGGGCGAUUCGCCAGCCGAUGACAGUUACAUUAAUUAAUUAUGGAAGACCACCACGCUAGCCCUCUAUACGCACGGUGUCUUCAUGCAAUAACUGAGUUUCCUUUCAGAGUCGCAACCCCACCCGUCCCGACCGGCGCCUGCGGUGCGCCCCAUCGCCACCCAACUUCCAUUCCGAGAGUCCCUUCCUCCCGCGAAACUCUCAGGGAUCAGUCAUCAACCACCACCUCCAACAAUCCGAGAUCCAUCCCCCAUGGCCUCAACAACCCCGAGGGAUGUCUAUGCCUCAUUAUAAUCCCUGCAUCACGCUUCACAGAAGGGUGCCCACCCUUCUCCAAAUCUGCCCUUGCCCGACCGAUCCCGACUCGCCUCAACCGACACCGCCAUCACUUUCAUCGCCCAACAUACUGAACAUCUCUAUGAUAAACGUGGUUAACCACUGUCCCCCUUGGAAUAUUUUUGCACACCUUC